AACCUAGUAGUUUCGAGAACAAAUGUUUCCGGCCGACGGUAUUUUGCCUUCGGACUCGUCGACAGUUUGCUUCGCGCUUAAACAUCAUUAAUUUCUGGACCGUAUUGACUUUCUUCCAUAAGCUGUAAUGGCGCUCCCUGGCCCUAAUAAAGACAACAUCAGAGCUGGGUGUAAGAAAUGUGGAUACCCCGGCCAUUUAACAUUCGAGUGUCGAAAUUUUGUCCGAGUUGACCCCCAGAAGGACAUUGUUCUGGAUGUAAGCAGCACCAGCAGCGAGGAGAGUGAAGACGACGUGCCUGUUUCUCAGCACACUGAGAAAUCGGGUCGAAGUGUGCUGCGCCAAAAAGAUUCCUGUGAUGAAGAUGACAGAAAAAAGAGACGUAAACGAAAGAAGAGCAAAGAUAGAAAAUCAAGAAAAAGAUCUGCAUCAUCCAGUGAUGAAGAACCAAAAAAGAGAAAGAAACACAGCAGAUCCGGCUCCUCGUCUGAUGAGGAAGACAGGAGAAAGAAAAAGAAACAAAGUCACAAGAAGAAAAGCAAAAAACCCAAAAAGGAGCAUGGGAAACAUCACAAAAAGAAAGAGAGAAAGAGAAAACACAAGUCGUCAUCCUCUUCUUCAUCAGCUAGUGAAUCAUCAGAAAGUGACUGAACCACCAAUCCGUAGCCUCAAGAUGUCUGACGUUAAUGAAGCAGAUCAUGUAUAUUGUGUCUUAUGACUGUGGUGUAAAUAGUUUGAAUCACCUUUUUUAUAACGUGUGUCCAUACACUGCUGCGUCUUUAGAUGGUGACAUUAUGACAGCAUUAUUUGUUGGCGCUCUGCAUUCUCAAUAGCAGGUACAAGACGCACCACAUGCUGUGAUAAAGUUUUGCCUUCCUUUCCCAGACCUAUCGUCAUUUGCCGUAUUUAUGCACAAUAAUUAGAAUUUCAUCAGAUGUACUCCAUCAUAUGUGCACUGAUUUUACAUGUCAUAAAGAUUAAUGGCUGUGCAAAUGUUGGUUUUAUCUCCUUUUAUGUUUUUCAGGCUGUAUUAAAAGAUCAAAUGUAAACGAAACUCCUUAGGUUUUAUAUUACCGUGACUUUGUGGUAUAGAUAGUGAAUUCAGAUCAUAACUAUGACUUAUUAGUGCUUGGUAGCUAUACUAUGUCAGUAUUGGAAAGACACCUUUUUUUUUAGUCUAGAAGUUUGGUUUAUAAUCAAAAUAAAUCCCUGACAGGUGUUGGUGCCACAGUACAGAUGCUCUUGC